UACCCUAUUUGGGGAUCAUUUGCAAGCAGCUGCUUGUCUAUUAUGGCCUCUUCAGUGUCCAGUGAGCGUGCUUUUUCUGCAGCUGCUGAAAUAAUCACAAAAAGGUGCAAUCACAUUGGUGGAGAUGUUGUUGAAGCUAUUCAGCAUCAGCAAAAAUCAUAG